AAGCAUCUUUCACAUUACAUUGCCCAUCGCUGCGCGUUCUUGUCCAGUUCCGACAGAGUAGACUGUUGUGAGAACAUAGCGGAUCUCAGUAUAAAUGCGGCUGGGAAGUACGAAAGAUGAAAACCCGCCACGGCGCUUGUUCAUCGGAGAUGUUAAGUCCGGGGCGAUAUGGAAGACCUUCGAAUGGAGGAAGGCGGUGGGGGGACAUGUGAAGUCUGGCUCCCUGCUUCGCAUUCAGAAUGCAGGCCAAGCACAUCACACAGCAUCGAGAAGUACUCGCACCAACCACCGUACUGUGCCGUUUACUUGCGUCGGCUUUAGCAAGGAAAUGACGGAUAGUAGUCCAUCCCAGCAACACCAGGGUUCGCUUACAUUUGUUAUGGGUGCUGUGGAUCAGAGGGGUUAUGUUUGGGUCUUCGAGUUUUCCAAAAAUAAAUUUUGGCUUAUUGCGAGAACUGGCGUUUCCGGGACGUGUAUGGCAUUCAAUUCUGUGCGAAGACGUGAAUUAAUCAUUGGCUUGUCCGACAAUUCUUUGCAUUGUUACAAUAUUGAUACAUGUCAGCUUAUCGCAAAGCUCCCAGCUUAUCACAACUGUGCACCCCAUCAAAUGGCCGUUCAUCCCACCCGACCGCUCGCAAUAUCAACCUCGCGCACGGAAGGAAUUCUAUGGGAUACAGAAUUGUGGGAGCGUAAACGACUAUUGGUCGGUGCGCAAUCCGGUGUACGCCAGGCUGUCUUCUCGGCCGAUGGAUCUACAAUUAUAUCUGCAUUUGCAGACGGAAGUAUACUUCUGUGGAACGUAGAUACAUUUAAUCUCAAUUGGAAGAUAUCACUGGAGCGUUUCGGUGGGGCCCCGCUGAUUCCUUAUGAGGAACAUGACACAGGAUUUGGAAGGUCUUCUAUGGCUGCGUCCCGCAAUGGCGAGAUUUUGGUUGAGGCUGGAGGGUCGUCCACAGUCUUCGUAUGGAAUCUGGCCGAAAAAAGGCUGAUGCAUGAAAUUCUCGUUCCUACCUUCGAAGGCAAGAGAAUUGUACAAGUGGAUUUCCUUGGAGAUAGCAAUAUUGUCGCGCUACUAUCAGACGGGGGUGACCUGCUGUUCAUUGAUGCAGCGGAGGCCAGGUUCGUGGGGAAGUUGGAAGGGAAACGGAAGUUUAUAUCAUUCGCAGCCUCGCCAAACGGCCGGCUGCUUGCUACAGUCUUCUUGGAUUCGACAUCUACAAUUGGGCUGGUGCGAGUGGAUAAGCUUUUGGAACCUCAGAAGUGCGAAGGCGUUGGAGAUAUGGCUGAGCAAGAGGAGGCCUCAUUCGAGAUGCUCGAGGAAACCAAACAGUCAGAAGCAGAUGAAGGUUUGCGAACAACGGUAGCUGUUGCUCCCGACCAGGCAAAAACGCUCUACGAGCUUGUUGAUAUGGGCCCAGAAGCCAAAACCCUUAGUCGAUCAAAGUUGAAGACGUUCUUAUCCUACUACGGAAGUUACCCGGACAAAUACAGAACUUUGAUAUGGCGCUUCCUUCUACACUUGCCUGAGAACCGGAACAGCUACGAGUCCCUAUUAGAACAAGGCACGCACCCCUCUGUCAAAGAUUUCCGAAAACAUUUCCCACUGAAAAGUGGGAGAAGUCUAAAGAGUAUGGAACGAGUUCUGUCCGCUCUUGCCUAUUGGUCUCCAAUAUUUGAAAGCUUGGAUUACCUUCCGUCGUUGGUCUUCCCCUUUGUCAAAAUCUUUCUAAGAGAUAUGUUUGCUGGAUUUGAGGUUGUCAUGACAGUGUUGGUAAACUGGUGCCAGAAGUGGUGGGAGUACUAUCCGAACCCGCCAAUCGAGUGUUUGAAUGUCAUAGAAGAUCUCUUAGCCUUCCAUGAUGGCGCCCUUCUUGAGCAUUUUGUCCAUUGCGGUGUAAAAAGCCAGAUAUACGCCUGGACUAUGAUGCAAUCAUUUUUUGCACAAAUAUUAUCAGGAUCGGAAUGGAGCAUGCUUUGGGACCACUUCUUGACCAACGGGCCAGAUUUCUUAUACUACUUUGUAGUUGCCUUCCUAAAGUCCCAUCGUACCGCCUUGAUGGGUAUUAAGAAUGCGAAGGACUUCGAUUUCUUUUUUACUCGGCCAAACCCAACCAUAUCGGCUCUCCACAUCAUCCGAUCCACUUAUGCACUCCAACGACGUACUCCAGACAGCGUCUCCCCUUCUAGCUUCCUUGAGCCAUUCCUACCAAUCCCUAAAGGAGAAUACCCUGUUUUCAAUGCGUAUCCAGAAUUCAUUAUAGAUUACCAAUGUCGAAUGAAAGAGAAAAUUCGGGAAGAUGAAGCUGAAUUGGGACGGCGAAGGAAGAUGGCAGAUGAGAUUACUCAGCUGACGGAAGAGUUGAGGAGGGACAAGCGUGCAUGGGAGUCGGCGGACUGGAAGAUGAAUGAGAUGGUUGAAAGGUGGUGGGAACAGAUGAUGGGCGAUGAGGCGAACCACCGUGAACGUCAGGCGAGACUUGAUGCAAUGGAUAAAGAACAACGGGCCAAAGCAAUGCAUAACAUUGCAGAAGCACGCCGUUCCUUCAUAACUAAUCACCUUGAUACAACGCAACGUCACCUGGCCAAUCUUGCUAAAGCCAUUGGAAACAAUCGUACCGCUUUGGACUCCGCAGUCGAGAAUGGCAUCAAUUCGGCUCGGUUUACGGAUGUUGAAGACGAGUGGGUGAAAAGAGGUCAGGAGAUGAUGAGAGUGAGGGAAGUGGUUAAAGAUGUGGAUAGGAUGCGGCUGGAAAGACUCGUGAAAAAUGCUCGGGAGGUGGGGAUACGAGAGACCGAUAUAGAUGACAUACUUCUGCGUCGAAAGAGGUUAAACGAAUAUCACAGUGUUUCUGAUGGUGGGAAUGGUUUGGCGAAGGGGAAAAGCCGGGCUUGGACUCCAGUUUCACCUUUAUCAUCACCUGUGAAAGAAUCAGAGCGAGAGGCAAGCACUAGAAUAUCGAGGGAGGGAAGUCCGAUCAAGAGCGUAACUUUUGAAGGCGUUUAAAGUUACAUUUGACCAUCGGGCUCAGUUGACCAAUGCAGCUGGAAAUAUACAUGCCAUACCCACAACAAUAACCCCUCGAACGUCUCUCCAUUUGAUGAGAGCACGACAGCACACAUUCCAUACACAAUAAAAAUACUGUUCACUCAUUC